CAUAACAACGACAAACAUCAAUCCAUCACACCAUCAUGAAUACUUAACAACUCUCUCUAAACUCUUCUUCUAUUGCAUCUCCAUCCAAUGGCUUCACAGGUAAGUCUCUCGUUAUCAGCGUGGGGCUGGUAUGAAAGUAACCAUCAUAUGGGGAAAUCAUGCUUCCUUGUGGUAGUGAGAGUUCCUACUUGAUUUCCGUAUAUCUCUUUCAACAGCCCCUUCACAUAUCAUUUAUACAUGUAUAUAUGAUGACUGUCACAUUCCCUAUCAUUCUAGUAAGUUUAAAAGUUACCCAGUAAAGUAUCGGUGGUGCUUUUCUACUUCUUCUCUCCUCCUUCAACUUUCCAUCUUCCAGAUUCACACAAGGCUCGCUUCGGCUACCAGUCAUCAUCAAGGAUUUUACAGCAAGCAAAGAACGGCUACAUACCUUCUACCUUAUUAUUGCCUACUGUCACUUCUCAACUUAACGCGCCUUCUUUCUGCCAAACAUCAACAUACGAAUUCGCAAUUCAUAAAAACAUCAAAAUUUACAACUUAAACAUCAACUUUUACCUUCAUAUUUAGCUUCAUUCUCAAUAUUUUACAAUGGCCGGCGGAAAAGGAAAAUCUGGUGGUGGAAAGUCAUCUGGAGGCAAGGUCGGCGCAGAUGGAAACAAGAAGCAACAAAGUCAUUCAAGCAAAGCUGGUCUUCAGGUUAGUAUUGCGAAACUUUGCAUUUUAUUCUUUUCUUUUCGCCAUCAAACUUGGUGGUCCGGCCCCGCGGAGAGACGGAAACCAUUCAAUUUUUUUUCAGUAUCUACACCCCACUAGAUCGCGUCAAUAAUCGAUCUACGAAUCAUCCCUUGGAACGAUUACGAACUAUCGCGAUAUAUACAUCGAUUUUGUCGAACAUAGCUUCCUUUCUAUAACUUCGUCCUAUGCCAAAAGCUCGUUGGAGAGGCAUUUCCGACGCGCCAUGAUUAUCAACAAGCCAUGCAUACGCGAGAUAAAUUUUCUCAUCCUUGGAAAACUUCGAUUUCAGGUUACUUCAUCUGUGUUUUGAGUUGCGCAUCAACUGUUAGAAUCACAACAUACUGACAAAUGCCAAAUCCAGUUUCCUUGCGGUCGUGUCAAGCGUUUUUUGAAGAACAAUACCCAGAAUAAGAUGCGCGUGGGAGCAAAGGCCGCAGUCUACGUCACGGCUGUGCUGGAAUACCUUACCGCUGAAGUUCUUGAGCUCGCAGGAGUAAGUCUUAUUAUUACCUGACGAUUGCCUACGAGAACAUUCACUGACAAUUGUAGAAUGCUGCCAAGGAUCUCAAAGUAAAGCGUAUCACACCCCGCCAUCUACAACUUGCCAUUCGUGGCGACGAAGAACUCGAUACCCUCAUUCGCGCAACCAUCGCCUUCGGAGGGGUGCUACCACACAUUAACCGCGCGUUACUUUUGAAGGUAGAGCAGAAGAAGAAGAAGACAGCCGAGUCCGCAUGAUUCUCCCAAACGGACAAGUUCACGAUUCAUUUACGCAUUUCAAUGUUUUUUGUGCUUUUUCCUUCUCUUUCUAAGGGUUCAGACUUUGAUGGUGUCUUGGGGAUAUCUACUUUUUACUUGGUUUCAUAAUGGAAUUGAUUGCUUAUCAUGGUUCGCACUACGAGAUAGGAUUAUAACGGGUUAUAUGUGUUGUUCCAUGAUUGAAGCACAAUUUAGGUGCGAGUUUUUCUGUGGGUUGUUGUGGAAUCACUUCAGGCCAAUGUACCACUAUCGAUUUUGAAUCAGAUCAGAUAUUGCUUCAAGUUUACAGUU